AAAUGAUCCAUCACAGAUCGGAUCCCACCCGUUUAUCGCCCGAUAAACACAAAUAUAGUUGAGUUUUGUUAAAAACAAUGUACAUGGCUAAGCAUUUUCUAUCCUAUAAGAAAGACGAUGGAAGCUGAAAAAAUAUUUAAGUAAUUGGUAAUGGCUUUAUGCCGGUCAUUUUUCCUUUUUUCCCAUCUCCAUCGUGCCCUUCUCGUCGUUCCUUCCAAGCCCAUUUGUUUCUUCCCGGAAUACCCUUCUUAUUCCUCUAAAUUUGCCAACCAUCAAAAGCCUCAAACUCCAUUCUCCUGUACUUGCUGUUCAUCAUCCUCCAUGGAAGCUCCUCCUCAAGGUUACAGGAGAAAUGUGGGCAUUUGUCUCAUCAAUUCCUCCAAAAAGAUUUUUUCUGCAUCGAGACUAGAUAUUCCCAAUGCUUGGCAAAUGCCACAGGGUGGGAUUGAUGACAGUGAAGAUCCAAAAGUUGCAGCUCUCAGAGAAUUAAGGGAAGAAACAGGUGUUAGCUCAGCAGAAGUUCUUGCAGAGGUACCUUAUUGGCUGACAUACGACUUCCCACCCGAAGUUAGGGAAAAAUUGAAACAUCAAUGGGGUUCGGACUGGAAAGGUCAAGCUCAAAAGUGGUUUCUCCUUAAAUUCACUGGGAAGGAGGAAGAAAUCAAUCUUUUGGGUGAUGGUACUGAGAAACCUGAGUUUGGUGAAUGGUCAUGGAUGGCACCAGAGCAAAUAUUAGAGCUCUCGAUUUCAAGAAACCUGUUUACAAAGAAGUUUUGUCAGUUUUUACACCCUACCUCCAAUAAGAUCUUGUUGCAAUUGCACUUUGAAUGAGUUGCAGAGUACAUGGUAUUUUCGGACUAGAGUUGAAAUCUCUCAGGGGACGUCUUAUUUUAUUAGAUUCAAAAAUUACUUUAUUUAUUUAGAUUUUAACAUUAUUUAUUUUUAUUUUUUAUUUUUCAUAUGGUUAAUUUCAAAUUACGAGAUAUAAGACUUAAUUUGUUGUUGUUGAAUUUUAUCCUUGAAUAAUAAAUAAAUUCAACACAACUUGUAAUCUGCUUGUUCUGUAUAGUUUUUGGGAAUAUGAUUAUUUUUAAAAGAUUAGCAAGGCCGAUUCACGCUAAUGUCAUAUUUGUGAUAGGUUCACUUGGCCUGCAUACAAAAUUGUCAUGUUUGGUUGGUCAUGAAUACGAUUUCCUCAAAUGAUCAUUUUACUCAAAUCCCCACUGAAAAUGAAAUCUAUUAUGGUAAUUCCUUUUAUAAGUUAA